CAAACCCAAGAUUGUUUCCAAUCAAAGUAAAAUUUCUAACCCAAUCUGGGGGAAUUCCAAACUUUCUGGACUUCCCUUGCCGUCGUUCUCAACUAUCGUGAGCUGACCAACAACCUCCACCGCCGCCGCUUCCUCCUCCUCCUCCUCCUCCUCCUUCUUUUUAACUAUUCCAAAUCCCAUCUAUCUCUCUCCCCAAAAUCCACAGAGAAAUACAUUUGAAAAAAGGAAAAAAAAAAAAACAGAGAGAGAGAGAGAGAGAAUGGCUAUGGCCACUACCUGCUGUGUUAACAACCUCAAUCCGCCGCCGCGUUUGUAUCAAAAUUCCACCGCAUCCACCAACAACCCACUGCUCCCACUGAACGGAAGUGGAGAUCAAUGGUGGCGAAAACGGUGCGUUUUGGGAGUAGCCGGAGUGAUGACGGCGCUGAUAAUGAGCGGAGAAAGCGGAGGCGUAGAAAUGGGAAAUGUUAAUAGUUUUGUUGAUAAUUCAAGAAAAUGGAGCGAAGAAAGAAUGUGCCCGCAAUGGCGCCUCAAUUCCCUCGAAACAAUCGUGCCGGAGAAUCUUCCGAGGCCGGCCGCUCGCCGGAGAUGGGACCCCCGCCGCCCUUCCUCACACGGCGCCGGCCCCUCAACUGCGAACCACAAAUACAGCCUCCCUUUCUACUCGCUGCUUCUCCAUGUAAAUAACGAAACAAACCAAAUACACAAUUUACCAUUUCUUCAAAUACCAUUUUACAAAAUAUUAAAUUUUUAAAAUAUAAAUAUUACUUCAAACGUUCCCUCAUUUUACUCAA